ACCAGGAAGUACUGGGUCCCGAUCAUCAGGAAAUCAAAACAAAUAAAGUCCAGCUUGAUAGCCUUUUGGAAACAUUUCACUUGACUGUCUGGGCUGUUUUAACAUUUGCAAUGGAUGAGACACUCUUUCAACUAAAGUUUACAGCUAAACAACUUGAGAAAUUGGCGAAAAAGGCAGAGAAGGACUCAGAAAAGGAACAGGCCAAGGUCAAGAAGGCUCUCCAACAGAAGAAUGUGGAAUGCGCCAGAGUUUAUGCAGAAAAUGCAAUCCGAAAGAAAAAUGAGGGUCUUAAUUGGUUGCGCAUGGCAUCUCGUGUUGACGCAGUGGCCUCUAAAGUUCAAACUGCUGUCACAAUGAAGGGGGUGUCCAAGAACAUGGCCCAGGUGACCAAGGCCCUUGACAAGGCUCUUGGCUCCAUGGACCUUCAGAAGGUUUCCGCUGUAAUGGAUAAAUUUGAAACACAGGUUCAGAACCUUGACGUCCACACUUCAGUGAUGGAGGACUCAAUGAGUUCAGCCACCACACUGACCACACCUCAGGAACAGGUGGAUGACCUGAUCCACCAGAUAGCAGAGGAGAGUGGCCUGGAGGUGAUGGACCAGCUUAAUCAGUUGCCGGCGGGGGCCAGCUCGCUGGGUGGCGAGAGCUCACGCUCCCAGGAGAGGGAGGACCAGCUGUCCCGACGAUUGGCUGCUUUGCGGAACUGAAGGCCCAUUCCAGUAGAGGUGGUGGGCAUACAGCAUCUGUGUGGAAACGGAUAAACAAUACGGCAGUAACAGGAUCUGUGUGUGUGUGUGUGUGUGUGUGUGUGUGUGUGUGUGUGUGUGUGUGUGUUUCUGUCGAACUGCUCCUACCAUGAGGACUUAACGAGCAUAUUGAUUACCAUCUCCUGGUCUAUAAAUAUACACACUCACACACUGAGUUGAAAUGACACCCAUGAAGGCAUGAAAUUCUCUGUCUCUCUCUUUCUCUAUUCUCCUUUUUCAGUCUUCCUUUUCUUCUUUUUCAGUCUUCCUUUCCAAUUUCCCAUUAAUUUACCUUUCCCCGAGUUCUACUCCUUUUCUCUAUUUUCCUCCAUUUUGUAUGUGGUGUCUCUUUCCCUAUCUGACCCCCCCCCCCCCUUCAGUCCAGGGCUCCCUCAUGCAUCACCAUCACGACCACCUCAUCUUGUGGCUGACAGUCCAAAUUGUUAGUAACACAGAUUUGAAUGGAUCCUUUAAUAAAAUAAAAAGAAGCAUUUUACAUAUUGUGAAAUUAUGAUAAAAAGACAGAAUUUUAGCAGGUACACAUAUUUGUAUAAGGGAGUUUGCUCUCCCUGGCACUUACUAGGUGCAGGGUGAGUGAAGAAGCUGGAUGUAUUAUGUUUUCUUUUCUUUCUUUUUUUAUGUAAUGGGCUGUUUCCGACCUGCUGUUCGAUAGUCUGCUGGAAUGUAUGAUUCGGUGGUUUCAAAGAACCGUUCAUAAUCCGAGGCACUGCAUUUUGAGUCUUUGGGGAAGCAGGAGCCAUAUACAUUACAUAAGAAGAAUACCCAUGUGUGCAUAAUCUGAUGUAGGAUAGUAGUUCAGUUUCUUAAGAGGGAAAACACAAGAAACGUUGAUAACACUAACAGAUAAUUGAUUUUGUAAAAUUCAUACAAGCAGAGUAAACACCUCAUGACAUUUUUAUAAUGCAAUGUAAGGACAAUCCUCAGUUACAUUGGAGCUUUUCAUUUAGUUUCAUAUGAUUUAUUUUUGUUCCCAUCAUUGUUUUGGUCCAGAUUUGUUGGUUAUUGCACAUGCCUGUAUUAUGUUUGCUUUGUACUUUACUUUUUACGCCUUAUUUGGGAUGCAGGUGCUUGCAUAGAUGCUUCCCGCACAGUGCCUGAAGGAUCCGCAGUUAAAAAGUGAACAGUAAUAAAUGGAAGCUAAAUUUGACCUCAUGUAUUGAACGAUAGCAUGUCACUGUAGAAGCAGAGAAUUCCCAUUUCUGUCCCUGCCAUAUAUGUUUGAGAUGUUAUUAACCAUAGUCUGUAUUUCUUCAAGUUUGCAGGAGCAGGGCAAGUGAUCUGAGUUUAAAAAUAAUUUCUUGAACCUCUCAGGCCAAUAUGUAUCCAACGUUUUUUUUUUUUCAGAUGGGCUUGAUAAAUAAAUGGCUCUAGUUGCCAGAACUGUCAGUGGUGGAUAUUAACUGUUAAGUUAAUCUCUUGAACUCGGUUGUAAGUGCCAAUCUGGUUUUGGAUGUCUGACUUAUAGUUGUCAGGGUCAGUUUUAAAGGCCUCUUCCUGUGACUCUUAGUAACAUGUUCUCUUUUUAAAGCCUUUGAAUUCGAUUUUGAAAUUAUUUGCAAUUAUAUCCAUUGGUUCCAACCCAUAAAUCAGGUCUCAGGAAUGGAGCUAGCAAAGUAUAUACAAGCUGUGCCUUUUUCAUUUGGCAGGAUUCAGUUGUUGUGCUUAUGUAGCCUUGCAAAGAAAGGAUAUACUUACAGAACAUGUUUUAAAAAAAAUCAAAUUAUUUUAUAGGUCACCGGAGGGGGCUUUCACAUGGUUCGAGUCAAGGGCGAACAAUAUGGAGAUUAAAGAGGGGAGUUCAGAUUUGAGGAUAAUGUCAGGAUGUUUUUAACACAGUGAAGGCCGAUCUCUGUUCGUUGUGCUCUGUUAUAUAAAACCAUGAUCUGUUUUGACCAGCGUUGAUGUUCCUUUCUUUGAAUUCAUUGUGUAUUUAACAGUCCUGAGGACAGGCAUAGGCAGACACACCAGAUAUAGGCCUACGAUAGAGAAACUUCACUAAGGAGGGCAAUAUUUUCCUUUUUUUAUUUUAAAAUGGGGGACUUGUUUAUACUUAUUGCUUAUGUGCACUUCGCAGGGCUUUUUGUUUUUAUAUUUAUCAUGUGAACAAAUAAAAUUAAAAUUACCCUAA